AUGCAAUUAGAACGUUCGAGUGGUAUUCUACUACAUAUAACAAGUUUACCAAGUUCAUACGGGAUCGGUGAUCUAGGACCAGAAGCAUAUCAAUUUAUUGAUUUUUUAUAUGAAACAAAACAAAAAUUAUGGCAAAUAUUACCAUUAACACCGGCAAAUUCACCGUCACCAUAUUCAGAUGUUUCAGCUUCUGCUGGUAAUCCUUUAUUUAUAUCACCUGAUCUAUUAUUGUCAUCAAAUUUAAUAGAAAAGGAUGAUUUGAAAACUGAUUUAAAAUUUUCUGAUGAAUAUAUUUAUUUUAAACAAGUACAUGAAUUUAAAGAAAAAUUAUUCGAGAAAGCAUAUAAAAAAUUUAUGACUACAAGCCAAAAUAACAAUGAGAAUGAAAAGAAAUUAAAUGAAUUUUAUGAAAAUGAAAAAUAUUGGAUUGAUGAUUAUUCUAUUUUUAUGACAAUGAAAGAGCAGCGUCCCGAUAGUGAAAAAUGGUCAUCAUGGCCUGUAGAAUCUCUUCGUCGUCAUGGUAAUCAUAAUGAGUCAAACGAAGCAUUAUCUCUGUUUCGCAAAUUAAAUGUAGAACGUAUUCAUUAUUAUAUCUUUAUUCAAUAUCUAUUUCACAAACAAUGGUUUGAAUUAAAAUCAUAUGCAAAUGAACGUCGAAUAAAAAUAAUUGGUGAUAUACCACUGUAUGUUGAUUAUGAUUCAGUUGAUGUUUGGGCAAAUACAAAAUUAUUUCAAUUAGAUCAUAAAGAUACAUUAUUACCAACUGUAUUAGCUGGUUUUCCACCUGAUCAUAGUUCACCAAAUGCCGUUCAAACAUGGAAUAUGCCAAUUUAUGAUUGGGAUAAUCAAUCAGUUAAAGAUGAUCUAUUGAAUUGGUGGAUAAAACGCUUGAAAAAAACAUUGGAAUAUGUUGAUCUCAUACGUAUUGAUCAUUUUCGUGGUUUAGAAGCACAUUAUGUUAUACCUGUCGAUGAUAUAAAAAAACAAACGAUUAAUGGAAAGAAAGCACAUUGGAAAAAGACACCCGGUGAUGAAUUUUUCUCUGUCAUAACAUCUGCUCUUGGUCGAGAUGUACCAUUGAUUGUCGAAGACUUGGGUGAUACAACAGAAGAGGUUUAUCAAUUAAGAGAUAAAUAUCAUCUGUGGGGUAUGCGAAUUAUUGAAAUGGGUUUCUAUUAUAAUCCAGAUAAUAUGUAUUGUCCGCAUAACUAUGUACCGAAUAGUUUUGCAUAUACAAAUACCCAUGAUAAUCCACCAGCAUUACUAUGGUGGAACAAAAAAACAUCAGCUAGUGAACGACGAAAAUUUUUGGCCUAUAUUAGUCGUCCUGUGGAUAGUGAUAAAGAACUAAUUAAUGGUGAAUCAUUAGAAAAACAUGUAAAUAAAAAUAUUAAUUGGUAUCUUAUACAGAUGGUAUUACAAUCAGUAUCAAAUGGUGCAAUUAUAGCUAUGCAAGAUCUAUUGGGAAUAGAGCGACCAAGAAUGAAUCGACCAGGAUCAACAUCAGAUCCAGAUUACGAUGGUUCACAAAACUGGGCCUGGCGUUUUAAAUGGUCUGAAUUAACAACAGAUAUACGAAAACAUCUAAAAUUAAUGACACAACUGUAUGGACGUGAUUUACCUUUCGGUAAGGCUAUUGCACCAGAUGAUAUGCAAAUGAAAGAUGAUGAUACAACAAAAUGUAUAACUAUUACCUAUCUGCCUCCAUCGAUCGGACAACCAGCAUUUUACCCUUAUGUUCGAUAUUCAGUAUCUCGACGUUUUCAGUUUGCCGACAAUAUAUGA